AUGGCUUCGAAACGAAUCACCAAAGAGCUCGUGGAUUUACAAAAAGAUCCGCCAACCUCUUGCUCGGCCGGUCCACGGUCCGAGGACGAUAUUUUCCACUGGGACGCCACCAUCAUUGGCCCAGCGGAUAGUCCUUACCAAGGCGGUCUCUUCUUCGUCGCGAUCCACUUCCCUCCGGAUUACCCGUUCAAACCUCCCAAGGUGAAUUUCAAGACAAAAGUGUACCAUCCGAACGUGAACUCGCACGGGAGCAUUUGUUUGGACAUUUUGAAAGAGCAGUGGUCGCCGGCGUUGACGAUUUCGAAGGUUUUGUUGUCUAUUUGUUCGCUGCUGUGCGAUCCGAACCCGGACGAUCCUUUAGUGCCGGAAAUCGCGCACAUUUACAAGACGGAUCGACCGAGGUACGAGGAUUUGGCGAGGGAGUGGACGAGGAAAUACGCGACGCUCUGA